CCCGGGAGGCGGGCGCGAGAGGGUCAGAGGUGAGCUGAGUGGCAGGCGCUGUUUUGGGACUUCGGCUUCGGCGCCGGGCGCGCCAGGUUUCCCCAUGACGGGGUGCAGCCCAUGUUCAGCAUGCAGCACGUUGUGGGUGCAUCCCCGGGUCUGGUGCGAAGAGGCCUCCUUGGCAGGGACCUUGUUGUGACCAGGACUUUCUGCAGCCCAGGCUCGAGCCAGCCCAGAGAGAAACGGCCCGAGGAGGUACUCUACAGCCGCCUGUCAGCACUGGGCAGGACCGUGGGGCGCAGCUUUCAACAACGAGUGUCCUCCACAGCCAAGAUCUGGUGGGACAGAUAUGAAGAGUUUGUUGGACUCAAUGAGGUUCGAGAGGCUCAGGGAAAUGUGACUGAGGCAGAGAAAGUGUUCAUGGUGGCUCGAGGCCUUGUCCGAGAGGCUCGGGAAGACUUGGAAGCUCAGCAGGCCAAGCUGAAGGAGGUGAGGGACCGCUUGGACCGCAUCUCCCGGGAUGACAACCAAUACCUGGAGCUGGCCACCCUGGAGCACAGAAUGCUACAGGAGGAGAAGAGGCUUCGUGCGGCCCACAUACGUGCCGAAGACUCUGAGCGAGAGAAGUUCUCCCUCUUUUCUGCGGCCGUGAGGGAAAGUCACGAGAAGGAGCGCACGCGGGCUGAGAGGACCAAGAACUGGUCGCUCAUCGGCUCGGUCCUGGGGGCUCUGAUCGGUGUGGUGGGUUCCACCUACGUGAACCGUGUGCGGCUGCAGGAGCUGAAAGCCUUACUUCUGGAGGCGCAGAAGGGGCCAGUGAGCCUCCAGGAGGCCAUCCGAGAACAGGCUUCCAGCUACUCUCUGCAGCAGAAGGACCUCCAUGACCUCAUGCUUGAUCUGAGGGGCCUGGUACAGGCCGGACCCGGGCAGAGCUCAGGGUCCCAGGCAGGUACUUCCCCCACCCGAGACAGAGACACAGAUGUCCUUUCAGCCGCCUUGAAAGAGCAGCUCAGUCAUUCCAGACAGGUUCAUUCAUGUCUCGAGGGUUUACGAGAGCAGCUUCAUGACUUGGAAAAGACUUUAAGCCACACAGCUGGGGCGGUGCAGCUCGCAAAGGCUGCAGCACACCCGGGCCUGGUUGAGCCUGCAGAUGGGGCUCUGCCUGGCUCUUUGCUGGAGCACGGGAGUGUGAUCCUGGCACUGGCGGACGUGGAGCAGAGGCUCGAAGCCCAGGUCAACAGAAACACUGUCUACAGCACAAUGGUCACCUGCCUGGCAUUUGUGGCCACGCUGCCUGUGCUCUACAUCCUGUUCAAGGCCAGCUAACCUCUGGAGCCUUCUCCAGAGAGUUUAAGAAAUAGGCGUAGAUGUGGAUUUAAUUAGAUCCCAGCAAUGGAGUAAACCUGUGGGGUGCACACCACUCUUUGGGGGUGCUCUGAAUCUGAGCACCAUCUGCUAUGGCUUGUCAGCUGAUACACUUUGCUUUUUAGCCAACUCUAAUUUAUAUUAAUUAUCAAAACUUUGUGCUGGUGUUCAAUUAAAAUCCCUUUGCAUUUGUAUCGAAAGUAAUUUCUAUCAGUUUGAAUUCGACCAUUGAAGGUUGAGAUUUUGGACUUGA